GUAUCGACCUUUAGACGUGCUUUCUGCAAUCUUUGCCAGCUCUUUCUUCAUUUGUUGACUUUUGUCUUCACAGGCGUUGCGCUCCGCAUUAGGAAUGGUAACUGCACCAAAUAGCUUGUUAUUAGGCAAAGUACAAAGAUAGCGGCGUUAAGCGACUCGCAGGAAGGUCGGCAGACAGCGACAGCCAAGGAACAUGCCGAAGGGAAGGCCCGAGGACGUGUUUCGUGAAGCCAAGAAGCUGGUCGAGGACGUGCGAUUGUCAAGGCAGCGUUCGCCCCAGCGGCGGACCGUGCCGACUUCAGGCCCGCUGGAGCUGGGGUUGCAGGGCUUGGGCCUGGGCCAGGCGGAUGCGUAUGGCGCAGUGGCCACCAAGGCCCCCGGCUUCGCACGCUCUACCUUCCGCCAGGAACCGCGACUGGCUUCAGCGAAGGACGGGCUGAGCGGAGCCAGCUUGAGUCUCGUGGGCAGUUGUUUGGCUUCUGACGCCUAUUACAGCGCUGACGCUGCGCCAAGUCGGGGCGGCGAAGAUGACCUGGGUCGGACCUGGGCAGUCCAAGCGGGGACCGGGCUUUCGCCCAGUCGCAUGUCGCCUGCUGGCAAGUCGGCUGCCUAUGCCGCCGGAGCAGCGGCGGAGGGGCCACAGGCCGGCAACACGGCGGCAGCUGCCGCGGAGGAUGGCCGCGACGUGACGCCCACCCGCUGGCAGAUGCUGACGCAGCGCGUGAAUGCGGCGGCAGCGACGGGCGGAGCCGGCCUCAGCCCGCAGCGCGCCAGCCAACUGCUCCAGCCCUCUUUCCAUUCGCCCGGGACAGCUGCCACCGGCGGGAAGGAUGGCACGCUGCCCCCGGGCACAGUCUCGACAGGCGCAGCUGGAACAGGAGCAUCGCAGUCCUGGUUUCCUGACCAGCCCUGCAAAGCCGCGCGCCUCUCGUCGCCGUCCUCGUCAUCUGCAGCUCCACAUGCAGGCGGGGGCGGCGGCGGCGGUUCCAUCAACGGCCGCGACUCAACAGCCCUGCGCUUGGAGCUGGGGGCGGAGGCGAGGGCAGGCCCGGCCACACUGGGCGAGCCGCAAGGACUUGGACUGGGCCUGGGACUGGGCCGCUCCUCGCUGUUUCAGUCGGCGUUUCGGGCUGCUCCUUCUGGUGCCCGCAGCGGCUUUGACGGUGACUUUGGCAGCGGCGAAAGUGGCAGCGGGAGCGGGACCUCACUGCUGUCUGGGCUGCAGCUGGGUGCUGUCGGAGCCGGCGGCAGCUUGGGACUGUCCAUGGCUCACACGGGCAUGCCGGCAGGUAUCACCCUGACCUCAGUUGGGCUAGGUCCAACCCACCCAGGCUACGGCACCGCGGGGCGAGCUGGUAGCGCGGGCGCCGGCACCGGCGGCAAGGCGCUUUCGCCGUACGAGCGGGCGAUGGCGGCGCUGCAGCAGGCGGAGCAGCAGCUACGGGACCACCACCAUAAAGGGGCCGCCGACUCCAACGGCGGCGGUGGCGGCACAGGCGCCGCUGCCGCGGUGGAGGAGCCCGCCAACGCGGCCCUGCUGGCAGCGCAGCGCUUCCUGCGGAGCGGCCCAGGCAAGGUGGCACCGGCGAGGGCCGGGGCCGCCGGCCUAGGGGUGCGCGGGGCGGCAGACGCACGCCACACUGGCGGUGCAGGGGUCACACGGGCUACCGGCAGCGCCGCAGGGGCGGGCGAGGGGUCGUUUGAGGAUGUGGCCAUGGGCAUGCUGCGCCGCCUUACGGCGGCGGCGCCAUUGGGCGGCCCGCCGGCCACGGCCCCGCCCCUGCUGCGCACCUACACAGCUCUCGAGCCGCCGCCGGCACAACACGUCGCAGCGGCGGCAGCACUGGCAGCAGCCAGGGCGGUUGCGACCAAGCGCGGUGGCGACGGCAGUGGCGCAGAGGCAGGCUCUGGCGGCGGCGGGGAUGGCAGUGAGGGCGGCUUGAGGAGUGCUGUCCCGAGCGGGGUGGCGGCGGCGGUGUCGCGGGCUGCCGCGGCGUCCGCGGCGCCUGACCUAGAGUUCCAGAUCACGAUGCAGGGUAUGAUGGCGGCGGCGCAUCAGGCGGCCAGUGAGGAGGCGCUGCAGGCGGCGCGCGAGCGGCGGCGGCGCGAGGCUGCGGCGGCGGCGGCGCAGGAGAUAGCGACCGCUGAGGCGCGCACUGUGGCGCUGCUGCGGCGGGCGCUGUACCUACACCUGUGGCGCCUGGCUGCAAGCUGGGGCCGGCGCGAGGCGCAGGACAUGAGGUGCCGCCUCGCCACCAGCAAGGCCCGGCGCUGCUUGGCCGCGUGGCACCACGCCGCCCGUACGGCGCGGCUGGAGCGACUAGCUGAGGAGGCACUGCAGGUGGCGGCGGAGGCACGGCGGUUGCAGGUGGCGGACCAGUUUCGGCGUCUGGCGCUGCUGCAUCGCAGCCUGCUGGCCUGGCGGCUGGCGGCGGAGGAGUGCGCGCAGGAGCGACUGGCGGAGCAGGAGGCGGAGGCGCGGCGGCGACAGGAGCAGCACGACGACGUUCUUCGUGAGGCCGCCGCCGACCGCUUCCGGCGGCUGUGGCUGCUGCACAGCUGCCUGCGCACCUGGCGCACCACCGCCCGUGCCCGCGCCGCCGCCAGGGCCACCCUCGGUGCGGCGCUGCCCUCCCGGCCUGCGCCACCUCACGCGCCUGUGCCUGCGCCCCGAGCGCAUGGCGGCGCCGCCAGUGGCAGCACAGCUGGUGCGGCGGCAGCAGCGUCCGCGGGGCCGCGGGCGGCGCUGAGCGGGCGGGAGCGGGACCAGCACCGGCGGGCGGCGGUUGAGGCGCUGCUGACUCGGCUCAAGUCGCAGCGGGAGGCGUUCAUGGAGGACGGGACCGAGGAGGCUGGCAACACCUACAGCGGCACGACUGCCGCGGGUGAGCCCCGCCCCGCAACCGCCGGCCCCCUUCACUCCGGGCCAGGCUCCUCGGGCCCCCACAGCGCGUCGAUACGACCCUCAGCAGCAACAGCCCCGGCGGCAGGGCCUGCCUCGCCGCCGCCGCCGCACGCGGCCUUCCCCGGCUUAAACAGGUUCGUCCGGCCGUCUGUCAUGAGGGACGGCGUCGCCCCGCCUGGCCACGGCAGGGGCAGCAGCAGUGGAGGCGGCAGGGGCGGCGGCGGCGGCAUUGCAACCAAUGCAACUAAGCCGCAGCCGUUCAAGCUGUCCACGGACAAGCGUGCCGCGCACCGGCGCCACCGAGUGCUGUCCGCCUGUGAGGCAACUCGGCAGCUGGUGCAAACCGGUGAGCCUGUGUGCGACGUGGAACAAGAUGGCGCGGCAUGGCCGUCGCACGGUCAGCGGUCUGGCGGCGGCUCGGCCGGAGCGGGCCAGCCGUGGCAGCCGGCUGUGGCCUGUGCAGCGAGCAAACACACUGAUGGCGUGUAUGCAGCAGUCAGUGAAGAGCCGCAGCAGCAGGCGGCAGGGCGGCAGCAGGCGUGGGCGCAGGCUGCGGACGAGGACGACGAUGUCGGCUCCGCCUGGUCUGAGGGCGAGCAGCAGCGGCAGCAGCAGCAGCAGCCGCACCAGCAGCAGCUUGAGGAGGGCGAGGGGCAGGAGCAGGAGGAAGAGGGGGAUGAAGAGCGGUGGGGCGUGUGCAGCGUCAGCAGCAGCUUGCAGCAGGGCUCGGGCCGCUGGGGCGCAGAGCCAGGCGAGGACGAGGCCCCAGGUGACGUGCUGCAUGAGGCCAGCAGCUAUGGGGUCGGUGUCGGGGAGACCAGCCAUGCGCCUCAGCAGCCGGCAUCAGCAGGGGAACAGGCAGAAGAUUUCAUAGCCGGGAGCGCCGCGGGCGGAGGCCACCCAGGCCCAGGUUCCAGCGGCUCCUCGCUGCCUCUUGCUGGCCACUACAGGGCUGACGAGGGAGUGCCUGAAGAAGUGGACGAGGACGAGGAUGACGGUUGCCGCUGCCAUGGCCAGCCACCCGCAGACCCCCGACAGGCUGGGCUCCCCGCGGAGCAACGGUUGCAGCAUGCAGCACCCGCCUUGGGCGCACAGCCCAGCCGCCGCAGCCUACACGGCAGCAGCUGCAGCACCAGUCCCACAGAGCAGCGCCAGCACCCCUCGACCGGGGGCGGCCACGCGCGCCCCGCAGGGCCGCCAGGCCACAUCACUGCUGGUGCUUGCUCUAACUCGCCACCAGCAGCAGCUGCUCGGCCUCGCUCGCUCCCCCACCGCAGCGCCACCACCAGCAGCAACCCCGCACCGCCCGCUCGGCCGGCCGCCGCCCGCCCGCCGCCCGGCACCUGGCGCCCGCCCUCGCCGCCCAAGGACGCCAGCCGGCCCACCACCGCCGGCUCAGCACGGCCCGCCAGCGCGUCACGAGACCAUCGCCGCGGCAGUCUCGGCGGCGGCAGCGGCGGCGGCAUGGCUGGCAGCAUCACCACCAGCAGCCGACGCGGCACCACGAGCGCCGCCGCAAUGGCUGCAGCGACCAGCCUGCUGCAGCAAGCCGGUCCUACUUCAGGAGCGGCGGCGGGGCUGGGGCCAGCGUUGACGGCAGCGGACGUGGAGCGGUUGCGUGCGGCGGAGGCGCGGCGACGGCGGCAGGCGGACGACAAGGCCCGGGCUCUGGCGGCGGAGCUGGCGGCGCACAUGACGGCGCUGGCGGAGGCCCACCACCGUCGGUCGCUGCUGCUGUGGUUCGGCAUGAGCCCCUGGAUCCAGCUGGUACUGCUGGCCCGGCAGCAGCGGCAGGUGGCGGAGGCGCACCGGGACCUGGCGCUGCUACGGGCCGCACUGUUGGGCUUUGCAAGAGCCGUGGUGCGGGCGCGCAUGCAGCGGGCUGCGGAGCAGGCGGCGGCGGUGUCGCGCGGCCGCUUCUUGCGUAGGUCGCGUCUGGCCCUGGCGGUGUUGGACCGGCUGUCCGCCGCCGCCCGUGCCGCCGCGCUGCACCGCCGCCACCUGGCGCACCGCGUGCUGCUGGCCUUCAUGCGCAACGCCAGCGACGCCUGGACCGCCAGAGCUGACGCGGAGGAUUUCGCGUCACGGCGGCGGCUGUGGGCCUGCUUUUCCGGCUGGCGCAAGGCUGCAGAGGAGCAGGCCAGCAGCCGGCUGCUGUGGGAGCUGCAGGCGCAGCACGGGGCGGAGCAGGCGCUGGGCCGCCGCCGCGCCGCGCGCGUGCUGGCGGCGUGGCGGCGGCUGGCAGAGGAGGGCGCGGCGCAGCGCGAGCAGCUGCAGGCCCGCAGUCAGAAGUGGGCCAAGGUGCAGGGAUGGCUGCGGGAGGCGCAUGAGGCCAGGGCCAGCGGCGCUGGCGCCCGCAGCCUUGCCUCCGCUGGCUCUGUCCGGAGCUCGGCUGUAGCAGACUCGGUGACUGCGGGCUUCGACGGCGAGGAGCUGCUACUGCCGGCGCGGACGCGACCGGAGCUGCGUGGAGAGUACGACUUGCCGCCAUCCCUUGGCGUGGAGUGGGAUCGGGAGCCGGGUGGUGCGGGCGGCGUAAAGGGCACCGCGAACAACGGAGGGCGCGGUGCCGGGGACGCAGCAGAUGAUCCCCUGGGCUUGGGUCCCAUCGAGGAUCAGCUGCAGCAGUUCAGUUUGGGGCCCAGCGGCAUUGCCAACCUGAUGCGGCAACAGCAGCAACUGGCGGCGGCGCGGUCACCCAUGCCGCCUCCCAGAGCGGCCGGGACGGCAGGUCCGGUGCGUGGGCUGCCGGGCGUAGGCAACAUAGUAGGUGUGGGUGCAGAGGGUGGUGGCAGGGCGCGGGGGCCGGUGGGGCUGCCAGUGCCCCUGGCGGGCAGGCAGGAGCGCCUGGCCAAGUACUUGCAGGGCCGCAACGGCGGCGGGGCAGCUGGUGGGAGCUGAACACGUUGCGACUCUUGCCCUACGUUGCGGUUCUUGCCCUGGCUAGCCUUGUAGGCUUUGUGGGCCGGGAUGACAGCCAUCACAAAAGGGACCUUGCUUCUCAUCACCCUCUGCUCUUGCUUGUACUAGGAAUUCAGUGGCUUCAGUGAGCACGACUUGUACGCCCAAGCGCGAUG